CACGUGGACCUGUCCCCAGCAAGGCAGCUGCGCCGAGCAGUGAGAAAGCGCAGCCAAGGCUAAGAUCCCCCCAGACCAGAGAAGUUGAAACCAGAGCAGCCACAGGAAGAAGAAGAGGCCAGAAUCCUGGAUUGGCUGAGUGUUGUUCCUGCAAUAACCCCUGCCCUGCCAUUUAACCCUCACUGCCCAGCCACAGACCAGAGGGAAGGAUAAGAGGACAGCCCCAUUGAAGAGCAGGAGGAAGUGGAGCCUUGCAGCCUGGCUAAGUUGGGAUUUUAUGUUUUUAACCAAGUGGAGCGGAGAAGAUGGCGGGGCGGGGACGAGGUGCGGGACGGGGACAGAUGACGUUUAACGUUCAGGCUAUCGGCAUUGGAAGGGGUGAGACAUUGCCUCCACCCACCCUUCAGCCGCCCCCUCUGUUUCCUGCCCUGGACUUUAAGCCGGUGCCCCUACAGACGGGCGAGGAGGUAGAAUAUAUGCUGGCCUUAAAACAGGAACUGAGAGGAGCCAUGAAGAGCCUCCCGUACUACAUCAAACCCGCAGCGCCCAAAAAAGAUGUGGAGCGAUACUCUGAUAAAUAUCAGACGUCUGGACCUGUGGACAAUGCCAUCGACUGGCACCCCGAUUGGACUCUUUUGCCUCGGGAGCUGAAGAUCAAAGUGAGGAAGAUACAGAAGGAAAAAUCCGCCAUCAUUCUCCCAAAACACAAGCAGAGGGUCCCGCUGGACAAGGAAGAGAUCAUUAAGAAGCUGGAGAACCUGGAGAAGAAGGAAGAGGAAGUGAGCUCCGAGGAGGAGGAAGAGAAAAAGAACGAGGAAGAAGAGAAGGAAGAAGAGGAAGACUAUGAUGAAGAGGAGCAUGAGGAGGAGACUGAUUACAUCAUGUCCUAUUUCGACAACGGUGAAGAUUUCGGAGGAGACAGUGAUGACAAUAUAGAUGAAGCCACGUACUGAAGCCCCACCCCUGCCUUCUCUACAAUGGCUCCUCGGGGGCGGAGUUUCUCCACAGCUCAGGACGAUUUUAAGGGAUUUUACGUAAUUUUAUACAGAACUUUUAGCGUUUUAAUCUGUUUUAGAACCUAAA